GGUGAAGAAGACCAAAAAAUGCUGCUGCUGAAUGGAGCCACACAAUAGUGACAGUGUGGUGGAAGGGAAAGACGAGGUGGGCUGAUUUUUACUCCACUUCAAGUCCAGUUUUCAGCUAUUUUUCUCCACUCGGGUAAAUCAAGAGUCAGAGACCAUGAAGGCUGCUGGCGAGAUAACUUUACCUGCAGCUUAAAUAUUUGAUAUUGCUGAAUGAGAUGAAACCUUCUCCUCGAAUGCACAAGAGGUUUUGAUAUGAUGCUCAGCGGUGAUCAUCAGGAGUCUGAUCUCCCCUGGGGACACACGGACACCCUUCUGGACUCCCUCGGUGCGCAGUGUGGGUCCAUGCCGGUCGGAACCCACGAUGGAGAGGCCAAAGUGCGUUCCAAGGAGGAGAAGAGGCGCAAGAGGCGCGCCACAGCCAAAUAUCGAUCUGCGCAUGCCACCAGGGAACGGGUCCGUGUUGUAGCCUUCAAUGUGGCCUUUGCAGAACUAAGGAAACUGCUCCCAACGCUCCCGCCAGACAAAAAGUUGUCCAAGAUUGAAAUCUUGCGACUCGCGAUUUGUUACAUCUCAUAUCUCGACCACGUGCUGGACAUUUAG